CUACAACAGAGCUGGCUCAGGUUUGGUUUGGCACACAUGCACGGUCGGUCCUCACGUUCUUUCUGAUCCACAUGCUCUUGUCCACCUCGCACCAAAGGACAUUUUAAAGCUGGAUUAAUACUUCUGAAUUCGGGUCUCUUGGUGGUGUCAUGAGGACCAAAUCUGAUUGGAUCACCUUUACUCUGCUGUUUACUCAAGUCUCACAUGUAUUUGGGGGCAACAUCCUGGUGUUCCCAUUGGACGGGAGCCAUUGGGUAAACAUGAAGGGAAUCAUAGAGGAACUUCAUGACAAAGGCCACCAGAUCACUGUUCUUCGCCCAUCUGACAGCUGGUACAUUGCAGAAAAGUCUCCUUUCUACACAUCUGUCAAGCGUCCCGGUCAAGAGAACUUUAGGGAUCAUUUUGAACUCUUUGUGUCUCAAAUCCUGGAAUCGCGGCUUCAGCAGAAUAUGACAUCUUUCCUGUCGUCCUUUUGGAACCAUGUUCAGAACGAGAUGACAGUUUUAAAUCAGUUUUCUGUUUUCCAUAAGAAUCAUGCUGACACGAUUGUUCAGAUGUUUGAAAAUGAAACCUUGAUGCGGUACUUUAUUGGCGCCAAAUACGACGUAGUGUUGACGGACCCAGGCAUUGGUGGAGGGAUGAUGCUUGCCCGUCGUCUCCAGGUUCCACUGAUAUACAACGUCAAUUGGCACAUUCAAGGUGAACCUCAUUCCCUUAUCGCCCCGUCCCCUCUGUCAUACACUCCUUUUAUUGCAACACUGUUCACAGAUAAGAUGACCUUUCCCCAGAGAGUGACGAAUGUUUGGGCCUCCACGAUGGGUACUUUCAUAAUGUCUUGCAUAACACAGCCUCACUAUAAACCAAUAGUCAUGCGAUACUUUGGUUCUGAUACGGACUACUCAACGUUUUUUCUGGAUGCUGAUAUAUGGCUGGUGAGAAACAAUUUUGUCUCUGAAUUUCCAAGACCCACGAUGCCAAAUUUAAUCUACAUCGGGGGAUUUCAGUGUAAGCCGCCGAAACAGCUCCCUGCAGACCUGGAGGAGUUUGUUCAGAGCUCCGGAGAUCAAGGGAUUGUGAUAAUGACUUUAGGAACAUUAGUUGGCAUUCUUCCCCAAGUUCUGGUUGAGGAAAUAGCUGCGACCUUUGCCCAGCUGCCUCAGAAGGUUAUAUGGAGGUAUUUAGGACAAAAGCCUAGCAACCUGGGAAACAACACUUUACUGGUCAACUGGCUACCACAGAACGACCUCUUGGGACAUCCUAAAACAAGAGUCUUCGUCACUCAUGGAGGCGCCAAUGGGGUGCAAGAAGCAAUUUACCACGGAGUUCCGAUUGUUGGACUUCCGUUAUUCUUUGACCAACCUGAAAAUCUCAACAGACUUCGAGCUAAAGGAGGAGCGGUGAAUGUGGAUUUUACCACGCUCGACAGGCACGUCUUUGGGGAUGCAUUGAUGACGGUUCUUCACAAUUCGUCUUACAGAGAAAACAUGCGGAGACUCUCCAAACUGCAGAGAGAUCAUCCAAGCAAACCAAUGGACGAUGCCAUCUUUUGGAUAGAAUACGUUAUUAGAAAUCAAGGAGCUGCACAUCUGAAGUCAAAAUCCAUCAAAAUGUCCCCGCUUGUUUACUACUCGCUUGACGUCAUUGCAGCCUUGGGAAUGGCUGUUUUGCUUCUCAUAUUAAUUUGUUUUUUCCUUUUGAAAUUCUUGCGGCGAGUAUUGCUUGGUGGCGGAAAAACUAAAGAAGAAUAAAAUGUGUUGACUACCUCUAUGGCUCUUGCUUCAGUAUGGCAGGUUGUGAAGUUCUCUGCUUGUAUUGCUUUGCUUAGUUGCUUACAAACACACACCUCGGUCUUAUUUUCUGCUGAUUGUACCGAAAACUCCAGUACAUCCAGAACAGCGCAGCGAGGAUCCUGAUGAGAGUGUGCAAGCGUGAUCAUAUCACACCUAUCCUCAAAUCACUCAAUUUGAGGAUGAACCUGCCAACACAUCAAUGCAUCUACGGCAACACCCCUUCCUACCUCCAGGAUCUAGUUUCCCCGCAACCUCCGCUCCUCAAACCCAUCAGGACAAACCUACAAAAAAUGUUCCUGAGCCCACGUGGAGAUUGAUGUGGGUUUUUGAUACAGUGCCGUCAGAGGGAUGGAAGGUCACGGUCAUUCAAUGUUGGUUUCCGGCCAUUGCCGCUUACGUGGAGUGAUUUCUCCAGAUUCUCUGAACCUUUUGAUGAUAUUAUGGAGCGUAGAUGUUGAAAUCCCUAAAUUUCUUGCAAUUGCACUUUGAGAAAGGUUGUUCUUAAACUGUUUGACUAUUUGCUCACGCAGUUGUGGACAAAGGGGUGUACCUCGCCCCAUCCUUUCUUGUGAUAGACUGAGCAUUUUUUUGGGAAGCUGUUUUUAUACCCAAUCAUGGCACCCACCUGUUCCCAAUUAGCCUGCACACCUGUGGGAUGUUCCAAAUAAGUGUUUGAUGAGCAUUCCUCAACUUUAUCAGUAUUUAUUGCCACCUUUCCCAACUUCUUUGUCACGUGUUGCUGGCAUCAAUUUCUAAAGUAUAUAAUGAUUAUUUGCAACAACAAAAUAAAGUUUAUGAGUUUGAACAUCAAAUAUGUUGUCUUUGUAGCAUAUUCAACUGAAUAUGGCUUGAAAAGGAUUUGCAAAUCAUUGUAUUCUGUUUAUAUUUACAUCUAACACAAUUUCCCAUCUCAUAUGGAAAGUUUUUUUGUAGUUUAAAAUUGCAGUAAUGCAAAAUGUGUCCAAGUUACUAAGCGUGUUCAAAAAAACCUCUGCCUUGUUUAAUGAAGACUUAGUCCUACUAUGCUACUGUAUUUUAAUGUUGGUCCUUAUAAUUGUACUUGGAGAGUUUUCUGAGGUGCUACUUUGUAAAAAACAACUACUCAUCUCGACCACAUGGAAGUGUUUUAAAUGGAGUUUAUGAUCAUCAUAGGUCCUUUUUAUUGUUUAUUCAUGGCACCCACCUGUUCCCAAUUAGCCUGCACACCUGUGGGAUGUUCCAAAUAAGUGUUUGAUGAGCAUUCCUCAACUUUAUCAGUAUUUAUUGCCACCUUUCCCAACUUCUUUGUCACGUGUUGCUGGCAUCAAUUUCUAAAGUUAAUGAUUAUUUGCAAAAAAAUUAAAAAUAAAGUUUAUGAGUUUGAACAUGAAAUAUGUUGUCUUUGUAAAACAUUCAACUGAAUAUGGGUUGAAAAGGAUUUGCAAAUCAUUGUAUUCUGUUUAUAUUUACAUCGAACACAAUUUCCCAACUCAUAUGGAAACGGGGUUUGUGUUCACAAUAUACUCCAAAAGUAAUAACAAUACAAAUAAAUAAUAAUUGGGGAAGUAAGUUGUAUUUCAUAUGGUGAGAUGAGUAAGAUUAUCUGGAAAAUGAAUGGAUGGAAGAAAUAAAUUCAGAAUGUUUA